GGUUCAUUACGAGGUUGACCCCACUUUACUUUUUAUUCUGCUCCUGUUCCCAAUUUCGGCACCACGUGACGGUGGGAGUGAGUUUGGGUUUAAAUUCACUUUCAAGAAAACCCCGAUAAGACCCCAGCCCCGCCGGCCCAUGGCAGGGUCCCUGUGAGCCCGGCGCUGCGGGAGCGAGCGGCGCCUCGGCGCCCGCCCGGGACCCCCGGCUCGGGAAAUGCUCCAGGAGAAAAGCCUGUCUGAAACCGAGGAAGGGUUUCCAACAGCCCCCGCGCCCGGCCAUGCGGACACCUCCGCCGGCUCCCCCGUCCUCGGCGUAGCCGGGGGGAGCAGCACGCCGCUCAGCAGCCCGCAGCUCCCCGACCCCGAGCAGACAAUAGAAAAUAUCAAAGUCUAUCUCCAUGAGAAGGAGCUAUGGAAGAAAUUUCAUGAAGCUGGCACGGAAAUGAUAAUAACCAAAGCAGGCAGGAGGAUGUUUCCCAGUUACAAGGUCAAAGUGACUGGAAUGAACCCCAAGACCAAGUACAUUUUGUUGAUCGACAUCGUCCCGGCUGACGACCACCGCUACAAAUUCUGUGACAACAAAUGGAUGGUGGCUGGGAAGGCCGAGCCGGCCAUGCCGGGCAGGCUGUACGUGCACCCCGACUCCCCGGCCACGGGAGCCCACUGGAUGCGGCAGCUGGUGUCCUUCCAGAAGCUCAAACUCACCAACAACCACCUGGAUCCCUUUGGACACAUCAUCCUUAAUUCAAUGCACAAAUACCAGCCCCGGCUGCACAUUGUGAAGGCGGACGAGAACAACGCCUUCGGCUCCAAGAACACGGCUUUCUGCACCCACGUCUUCCCAGAGACCUCCUUCAUUUCUGUCACCUCCUACCAGAACCACAAGAUAACCCAGCUGAAAAUUGAGAACAACCCCUUUGCCAAGGGCUUCCGGGGCAGCGACGACAGCGACCUGCGUGUGGCACGGCUCCAAAGCAAAGAAUAUCCAGUAAUUUCCAAAAGCAUCAUGAGGCAGAGGUUGGUGUCCAGUCACGGCCAGCUGUCAGCAAAGCCAGAUGUUAACCCACUGCAUGGGAAUCACCAGACCCUUCAGCAUUAUCAGUAUGAGAAUGGUGCUCACAUGCAGUUUGCAGCUUCGGAUACUCAAGAUCUGCCACUCAACACCUUCACAGCACAGAGAGAUUCAGGGCUCUUCUACCAUUGUCUAAAAAGAAGAGAAAGCGCUCGGCACCUGGACCUGCCCUGCAAACGCUCCUACCUGGACGCCUCGUCCUCGGUGGGGGACGAUCACUAUUUCCGCUCGCCGCCGCCCUACGAGCAGCAGAUGCUGAGCCCGUCCUACUGCGGCGAGGUGGCCCCCAGGGAGGCCUGCAUGUACUCUGGCUCCGGCGCCGACAUCGCCGCCGUCUCGGCCGUCGACGAUUUACCGCCGCCGCCGCCCCCGCUGAGCUGCAACAUGUGGACUUCAGUCGCACCUUACACCAGCUACAGCGUCCAGACAAUGGAGACUGUCCCCUACCAGCCCUUCCCUCCUCACUUCACCGCCACCCCCAUGAUGCCGCGGCUCCCGGCCAUGGCGGGCCAGGGCUCGCAGCCGCCGGGGAACGGCCCCUUCAGCGUGUACAACCAGCUGGGCCCGGCUCCGGGCCGGGAGCGCGGCCCCGCCUCGUCCUUCCCCAGGGAAAGGGUGCACCCGGCCGUGUGCGAGAGGAAACCCCCCUCUCCGCACCUGAACGCGGCCAACGAGUUCCUGUACUCGCAGAGCUUCUCGCUGGCCAGGGAGUCGUCGCUGCAGUAUCAUUCAGGGAUGGGGACUGUGGAGAACUGGACCGACGGGUGACCCCCGGGCCCGGCGAGGCCACGGCGACCUUACUGCUCCGGGACAGUUCAGUCAGUGUUGAUACCUGUGGGUAACUUGCACUUCGGUGAGACACAUGUGCAUUUCCAGAGGGAUUUGUGUGGGUGAAGAGCUUGUAUCUUCAGGCACACAGAGAGUUCCAUCUCCUGUCUCGGUGGGCUGGAUUCAUCAGGCUCUUAGUGACUCCCAAAUAAAUUCAUUCUCGUGUCUUCAUCCAGUAGAAACCAUCUUCAUGACUAACGAGUGACGUAGCUAGCCAUGUUCUUUUGCUUGUAAUGUUAAACAUCCGUGAGCAAAUUUUGGCUAUUUGGGAAAAAUAUGAGCUUCACUUUUACGGUCCUUGGCUCACGAAGCCACAACCUCCCAGACCUCCAAGGAAAAAGCCAUUCGAUCGGUUGCAUAGCUCAAGGACUGCCGUGGCAGCGCUUCUUUAGCCCCUUCGGUCCGCAGAGGUUCCUCGCUCCUCUGGGAGUGAGGGAGCGGCGGGAGCGCGGGGCCGGCGGGGCGCGGGCUCCGCUCCGGGAGCGGCGGGGCCGCGCCGCGGGCACGCAGGAGAAGGCACCGAUGCACAAAUGUCUCUUCUUGCCCCCACACCGACAUCGGUCGUGGCUGUGGGAAGCGAAGAAGUGAAGAGUUAAGUCCGAGGCCAAACAGCGAAUUAAUUGCAGCGUUAGGAACAGACCCAGUGUCUUCAGACUCCCAUCUCUUGAUUGAAUCACAUUUGCUUAUUGCAAUAUAUUUAUGAAGUUUAAGCUUAAAAGUCGCUAAUACUUUCCAGAACCAAUUUCUGUAUUUGCUGGUCCUUGAUUUCUUUCGUAUUCAGCUGAAACGUGCCUUUUGUGCUAUAUUCUUUUCUUUUGCAGCUCAGACAGAAUGGUUUCCAGCCUAAAGCAGGCCUAGAGGAAUACUUUCCUAAUGAUGGGGUGGGGAGGGAAGAGCUCCCAUGACCCGUCAGGCUUUACAGUGUACAAAUAUCUGUAGAACAGGUAAAAUCUGUAAGCAGUGCACCCAUUGCUCCCUUUGCUCACUGUGGAUGGCCCAGGCUGACUCCUGGCUGUGCCCUCUGCAGUGUCCCUGGGAGCUGCCACGGGGGGAUCCAGCACAGGGUGGAUUGGAUGAUCUCAGAGGUCUUUCCCAGCCUCAGUGGUUCUGUCGGGAGGCUGACACUGGGAAGCAGAGGAAUUCCCUCUGGGGCAGAACUCCCUCACCCACAGAGCUCCUGUCCCGUGCAGUGUCCAUCGUGCUGAGCUCCCGGGCUCGGAGGUGACGCUGCAGCUUGGUUCCACUGAAAAGCACAAUGUUCAACCUUUAGUCAUUGCACAGUGGGGGGUUUCAUUUCCUCCCGUUGUUUCCCAGACGGGCAAAAGCAAAAAGCUGAAAUGCAGGUUUGGAAGUGGGGAGGUGCUUCUGUGCUUUGGUGAAUCCAUCCCAAGGAGGAGCCCGAUGGAGACAGCCCUGAGGUCACAUUUCAACCAGGACAGUCUCCUGCACCCACUCAGCAGAAUUCGUGUGUGACUGGUGAGGAUUUUGUAACCAGAUUUUGGAAAUCACUACAAUUUUUGCAUGCUGAAUAGCUAUUUAUAUACAUAUAUAUUUUAUAUAUAUAUAUAUAUAAAAAAUUAUAUAUAUCACAAAUGCAGGCCACGUGUCCAAUUCAGCUUUGCUUUUAACAAAUGAAAUACUUAAUAAAAAUGAAUGUUGC